CCGCGGGCACGGCGGCGGCUGGGCUCCCCGGCAGCGCGCGGAGCGGGCGGGCUCUCUCACACGAGCGCUUCCUCGUCGAAGAGGCUGGAGCUGCGGCAGCGCAGGCCUGGGCCGCCGCGUCUCCGCCGCCCGCUUCAGUUAUCCUCAGGGCUCCGGGGGCCGCUCGUCCGCCGGCGCGCCUCAGCCAGCAAUUGGGACAAAUCUCUGUCAUCCACCAGUCUCACAGCCGCUCAGACCCAGUUGUAACCCCAACAUUGAAGGGAGUGGAGGCACGAAGAUCUCUGGGGCUCCAUGGCUGCCAGGCUAGCCAGAGGGAGACAUAAGCAUCAAGUUCAGUGAGAGACGCUUGUUCCAAACAAGGCAGAAAGGGUUAGAAGACAACACCAGGAGCCCUUCUCUGACCUCUGUCUUCACACUCAGGAAUUUAACAAGAAACUAAAGUUUGGAUUCAAAUAUUUUUUGAAUUGAAGCCAGAAAUGUAUUAGGAUUUUGAUUCUUUCAUUUGAUUAAGAAAAUGGAGCCGCCCACUGGAGUUCAGAGAAGAAAAUGUGAUAACUGAUAAGGACUUGAAACUGCUGGUCUCUUCCUCUUCACUUUUGUACAUGGAUAGUGCCUUACCUGCUGCAUAGUAACUGGAGACUAAAUGCUUAACCAGUCCACUUGAGUAUGGUCUGAAUAUGCGUUGUUUGGCAGCUCGGGUCAACUAUAAGACUUUGAUUAUCAUCUGUGCGCUAUUCACCUUGGUCACAGUACUUUUGUGGAAUAAAUGUUCCAGCGACAAAGCAAUCCAGUUUCCUCGGCACUUGAGCAGUGGAUUCAGAGUGGAUGGGUUAGAAAAAAGGACAGCAGCAUCCGAAAGUAACCACUAUGCCAACCACAUAGCCAAGCAGCAGCCAGAGGAAGCAUUUCCUCAGGAGCAACAGAAGGCACCCCCUAUCGUCGGGGGCUUCAGUAGCAAUGGCGGAAGCAAGGUGUUGGGGCUCAAAUAUGAGGAGAUUGACUGUCUCAUCAAUGAUGAACACACAAUCAAAGGGAGACGAGAGGGCAAUGAAGUUUUUCUUCCAUUCACUUGGGUAGAGAAAUACUUUGACGUUUAUGGAAAGGUGGUCCAGUAUGAUGGCUAUGAUCGAUUUGAAUUCUCUCAUAGCUAUUCCAAAGUCUAUGCACAGAGAGCCCCUUACCACCCUGAUGGUGUGUUUAUGUCCUUUGAAGGCUACAAUGUGGAAGUCCGAGACAGAGUCAAGUGUAUAAGUGGAGUUGAAGGUGUGCCAUUGUCCACACAAUGGGGACCUCAAGGCUAUUUCUACCCAAUCCAGAUUGCACAGUAUGGGCUAAGUCAUUACAGCAAAAAUCUAACCGAGAAACCCCCUCACAUAGAGGUGUACGAGACAGCAGAAGACAGGGACAGAAAUGUCAGACCUACUGAAUGGACCGUGCCCAAGGGCUGCUUCAUGGCAAGUGUGGCUGACAAGUCUAGAUCCACCAAUGUUAAACAGUUUAUUGCUCCAGAAACCAGUGAAGGUGUGUCUUUACAGCUGGGAAACACAAAAGACUUCAUUAUUUCAUUUGACCUCAAGCUCUUAACAAAUGGGAGUGUGUCUGUGGUUCUGGAGACCACAGAAAAGAAUCAGCUCUUCACUGUGCAUUAUGUCUCAAACACCCAGCUAAUUGCUUUUAAAGACAGGGACAUCUACUACGGCAUUGGGCCCAGAACUUCGUGGAGUACAGUGACCCGAGACCUGGUCACUGACCUCAGGAAAGGAGUGGGUCUUUCCAACACAAAAGCUGUCAAGCCAACCAAAAUCAUGCCCAAAAAGGUGGUUAGGUUGAUUGCAAAAGGGAAGGGCUUCCUGGACAACAUUACCAUCUCAACCACAGCCCAUAUGGCUGCGUUCUUUGCUGCUAGUGAGUGGCUAGUGAGGAACCAGGACGAGAAAGGAGGCUGGCCAAUUAUGGUGACUCGGAAGUUAGGGGAAGGGUUUAAGUCUUUAGAACCAGGGUGGUACUCUGCUAUGGCACAAGGGCAGGCCAUCUCUACAUUAGUCAGGGCCUAUCUUCUAACAAAAGACCAUAGAUUCCUCAGUUCAGCUUUAAGGGCAACAGCCCCAUACAAGUUUCUGUCAGAACAGCAUGGAGUUAAAGCCGUGUUCAUGAAUAAACAUGACUGGUAUGAAGAAUAUCCAACUACACCUAGCUCUUUUGUUUUAAAUGGCUUUAUGUAUUCUUUAAUUGGACUGUAUGACCUAAAAGAAACAGCAGGGGAGAAGCUUGGGAAAGAGGCAAGGUCCUUGUACGAGCGUGGCAUGGAAUCUCUUAAAGCCAUGCUGCCCUUGUAUGAUACUGGCUCCGGCACCAUCUAUGACCUUCGCCACUUCAUGCUGGGCAUUGCUCCCAACCUGGCCCGCUGGGACUAUCACACCACCCACAUCAACCAACUGCAGCUGCUCAGUACCAUUGAUGAGUCUCCAGUCUUCAAAGAAUUUGUCAAGAGGUGGAAAAGCUACCUUAAAGGCAGCAGGGCAAAGCACAACUAGAGCUUGAAACCAAAAGCGCAGUUCGUUCCAGCCUCUUCUGAACUCAAGGGCUGAGCUCUGGGUCAGCGGCAGAGCUCAGCAGCGCGCCGCACAUUUAAGAUGGUGUGUGUCCGGGGUUUGUGGGUCACAGCAACGUGAGAAGAGACCCUUAAAGUUAGUCUUCUGAAACAAUUGCAUUCCAUGGGUCAGGUGCUUAGAAAUGUUUAGUCAGUGCGCUGAACAAAGAUGUGAUCUCUGCCCUGCUCAUCACUUAGGCCUCCGUGCGUGCAGAGUCCUUUUCAGUCUGUGAAAGAAAACGGUAAGUCGCCGCUGCUAGCCUGCUGCACAGCACUUACCUAAAACUUAGUAUGGAGUGCUUUUCAAAUGUGAUUAUUUAUAUUUAUGCUGAAUGCAGGCUUUUAGAAAACAGUGUGCUGUACUGCAGUAAACGUGCGUAUAGCCUGGGUUGUGGACUGUGUAUUUUCAGUGUUUCUUUCCUGUAGGUUCAUUUCUUGGGAGGGAGUGAGCAUUUGUUGCAUUUGUUCAUUUAUAUAUGGAAAAUAUUUUGAAUUAUGGUUUUAUUGAACUGUGUAUAUUUAAACAGCCUGUGUUCAGGUCUCAUGGUCACAUAACAUAAGCACAACUAAAAUGAAACUUGUUGACUGCACAAGAAAUUAUGGACAUGCUAUGUUUUAUGAAACUUGAUCUACAAUCAGUAGAAGUUUGAUAAUCAUCUUCCCACCUCUGCUCCCCUUGCAGUGUGUCUGUGUCGCUAUCUAGAACACUGCAUUGCAUUUCAUACUACACUUUGGUAGUUUUGUCCAUUUUGAGGACAUUACCCAGAACGUUAAUUAUAUGUCUAAAUUUGGGACAGAGCUAAUGAUUUGAAGCCUACCAUCGGUCCCCUUAGGACUUUCUCCGUUAAAGGACAGUUACUGGGUUAAAGGUAUGUUCAGGGUCACGGUCAAGCUGGUCCUGCCUGGAUUGUCACUGUCACUUUUACAUCAUUGCUGCUGUCCUCACUGUUUCUCUGAAACUUAAUUUGAAUGAUUCCAGCACUGAAACAGAAGAGAUGCUGCUGUGUCUGCUGUCCAUAUGCAUCAAAUCUCUAAGGGUUUCAGAGUCCUGGUGCCGUGGACAGUGUCUGCUGUGGGCUUCAGGCAUUAGGUAAAAACAACGAGGGUUUGCUCUGGUUUUUGUUUAUGGUGUGAUAAUAUGGAGAUAGUUAGGGAACACUGUCUUACACUUUCUAGGGACAAACAGUAGAGCUUAUCCAUGCUACCUGUCAGAUGCACCUUUAAGAGCCAGGUGGAUGAUUUGCCCCCACAUUGGACUUCUGUUGAAUUCAACUACCAAGUACUGUUGAAACUGGAAUAUAUAUAUUCCAUAUAUAUAUAUAUUAUAUAUAUAUAUAUAUAUGAUGCAUAUACACCCAUACAUAAAUGAUACAUAUAUAAAGUAUAAUGGCAUCAAAGGAGACUGGAAGAUCUGUACUAAAGAUAAAGACAAUAUUAAACUGUUGAGAAAUAAGUGUAAACUCCCAGUUUAUAUGACCACAGCUUAAUUUUGCCUACAACAAAACCAAUGUGGUCAUUAGGUUCCCCAGCUUUUACCUUUGUGGAUCUCACACACGAGGUGUUUUAGCAACGUCUGAACAUGCACAUUUGUCUCAGCAAUAAAAAUGAGGACUCCCUUUUUAUUGUCAAUACUGAUGUUGAAAACAAGCCUCCCCACCUGGGAACACUGUUCACUCAAUUAGAUUUGUUACUAGAGUGGUCCCGACUUUGCUUAUGUUUGCAUACUGGUCUUCAGAUGAGAGGGGUCAGUGAAAUCAUUCCGGUACUGCUUUCGUGACAAACACCAGUGCCUUACCAGUGUGGUUGUCCUUUUCCACCGAGGAGCGAUGGUUGGUUUGGCUUGUUUAUGGUGUAGAAAUGGCAGUUUGCUGCUGUUGCUUUUCCACUGCCUCCUUCCACAUUGCAACAGCAACUUGUCUUGUGAUCCUGGAUUCCCUGAGAGGUCACAUUGAGCCUGUGGCAGCACUGUCAGUGGUUGGCUUCUCAGAUUGAGGAUGCCUCUGUCACCUGGGAGUUUACAGCAGGAGACUCUGGGUGUGCAGGAAGUCUGCCUGCACAGUGGGAUGCGCAGCAUGCCUGACAGAUGGGUGACUGCUUCUGGAGAGCUGGGCAUGUGUAGAGCACUGCCUGGGACCCAUGCAUUUUUGCCUCCAGAAAACUACCAAGUUUCCUAGGUUUUUAAAUCAUGUAAAUGUUUACGUAUCCUGAGAAUAGAAAGAAUGGGAAGGGUGUUUUAAGUUUUUGUUGUUUCUUUAAAUUUUUCUUUAAAAAUAUCGGUUUGAUUCACUUACCUGAGUUAGCUCCCAUGUUGAAUCUGUUGCCGUUUCAGUAGUAAAACCAGCCACAUGUUUCUAGACAAAAGGCAGGUUUGACCUCUAGGAGUUACUGUAUAUAACGGCUUCAUUCAUGAGCCGCGCAGCGCCCCUGAGCAAGUGCAGAAAAGGCACAAGCACGCUCUCCGGGGGGCGGGACUCAUCUGUUUUGGUGUACAGACUCACCAAAAGCUGCUGCUGUUGUCCUUGUAAUUGUCCCCUCGCUUCUCCUCCAGUGUACAUGUGGGGUCUCUGCCAUGUGUCAAAUAUGCAAUAACGUGUUUACCGGAUGCCCUUCUAAAGGGUGGUCCUCUGUAAAGCUGUACAGACUUUGCAGUCCAAGCACAAUGUGCACAUGUUAGUUUUAUAUACAGCGAAACUUGAUUUUUUCAAAUGGAAAGGUAUUUUGUUUCUAUACAGAGUUAAAUGGGUUGUUUGUGCUUAAUGUAAAGCUGCUUUAUAAAAUUGUAAAAUAAAGUUUUUAUCUUGAAAAGAAA